GUGUGUGUGUGUGUGUGUGUGUGUGUGUGUGUGUUUGGGGAGACUGAGGGGUGCGCGGGGGCGAAAUAGAACCGGCCAUGGCAGCAGCCGAGGAGGAGGACGGGGGCCCCGAAGGGCCAAACCGCGAGCGUAGCGGGGCGGGCGCGACCUUCGAAUGUAAUAUAUGUUUGGAAACUGCUCGGGAAGCUGUGGUCAGUGUGUGUGGCCACCUGUAUUGUUGGCCCUGUCUUCAUCAGUGGCUGGAGACACGGCCGGAGCGGCAAGAGUGCCCAGUGUGUAAAGCUGGGAUCAGCAGAGAGAAUGUUGUCCCACUUUAUGGACGAGGGAGCCAGAAGCCCCAGGAUCCCAGAUUGAAAACUCCACCCCGCCCUCAGGGCCAGCGACCAGCUCCAGAGAGCAGAGGGGGAUUCCAGCCGUUUGGUGAUACUGGGGGCUUUCACUUCUCAUUUGGUGUUGGUGCUUUUCCCUUUGGCUUUUUCACCACCGUCUUCAAUACCCAUGAGCCUUUCCGCCGGGGUACAGGUGUGGAUCUGGGACAGGGUCACCCGGCCUCCAGCUGGCAGGAUUCCCUCUUCCUUUUUCUCGCCAUCUUCUUCUUUUUCUGGCUGCUCAGUAUUUGAGCUGUGUCUCCCUCCUGCCCACCUCCAGCUAGAGGAGAAUCAGUAUUGGGGGUCCUUGCUGACCCUUCCUUACUCCUGGAUCCUCCUGACCCCACCAUUUCUGUUGGCUAAGGCUAACCCUGGCCACUCUCCAGGAGGGUGUGGGGAGGAGGAGUGACAUCUGUGCAUAAAAUGGGAGAGCUUUCUGCUCUGAACUACCUGCUCAGUAGCACAGUAACUCCCAGCCCCAGGGGAGGAGGACAGACUGAAGAGAUUGUCUGUUUCUCCUCUCUUCUAAUCCUUUGCUUUCCCCCAGAUUUCUUGAUUUGAUGUUGAAAGGUGGGCAAGUCUUUCUCUGACUCUCCCCCACUUCCCCUCUUGUUGAUUUAAUUUAAUUGUUUUCUUCCCAGUGCCUAAGUGUCUAAUAUGGGUUCUGACUCUAAGUGCUUACCUCAUUCCCCGCCCCCCCCACUACCUCCUUUAUUUCAAAUUCAAUAAAAAAGGUGAAAUGUGUUGAUGGGAA